CUUUGCUGCUUCCUGUACUCACAACACGGAAGUUUACGAACAACGUCAGUCAGUCGUACAUGCCUUCUGUAGCACGGCGUAACUUGUUCAACUUAUCAUACGUCCAUAUAACAUACUCAUUUAUUUUUUUAGAUAGUUACUGAGAACAGAAAUGGAUUACUUUAUUGAGCCAGUAAAAUCAGACUGUGAAGAUAUAUUGAGUCGAUUUCAGAGAACUGAAUCGGUCCGGUACGAGGAAUUCGCGGCCAUCUGGAGAAAAAUGGACUUCCCCAGUAUAUUUUAUGGUAAAAUGGCAGCCAAUGAGAUGAGGGCCUUCAGCCGUUUAAUCCUGACGACUGCCUAUCCGUACCUCCUCCCUCCUUACAAUUUCCAGAUACGAGUUGGGGGACUGUAUUUGCUGUACGGCUUAUAUUACACACAACUUGUAGCACCUAAAGAAAAGAUUACCAUUGCGCUGAAGGACUGGGAAAACAUAAUGAAGUUCCAGCAGGAUGCUAUGAAUUCCCGGCACUACGAUGUGUGCUACAUCUUCAGAAAGCUCAUCUCUGAGAAAGCCUUUUAUUUCGCCGCUAUGCCCAAACACCUGUACUUCCAUGUGAAGAGGAAGCCCAAGAGGCAAGAAGUGUGUGAGGAGUUCCGGGAUCGGCCUGCGCGUGUGAAGGAGCUCAUCACCACGGAAACCCUGGAGGAGAUUAUGAAUGUCCAGGAGCACUAUGAGAAGGUAAAGGCAGCCGUCUCCACGACCCCUGGCCAGCCAGACCCAGCAGUCAACUUGAUUAAUAAGCACCUAGGACCAAUGGUGCAAAGCACGGUGAUGGAGUACCAAAACUGGCUGGACGAGGUGGCAGUUAGGAAGAAUGAAUCUGGAGAUGCAGCUGCUGCCGCUGAUCCUGGUGAAGGAACUUCUACGCAGGGUGACUCUUCCCGAAGAGCAGAACUCUUGGCAUCCAUCAAAUCCAAAUCCUAUGGACAUUUAGUGGAGGCGUCCAAGUCCCGACGGCACCGGCAGGUGGAAUUGGACACUUCCGGCCCAGAGAUCAAGCAGGAGUCCACUCGUAAGACGAUCCCAUGUCUGCAGACAAGGACUAUGAAGAACCUGAUCAGCAAAGGAAAGGUGAAGGAGGAGGUUAUGGAGUGCACCAGACACUGGCGCCUCAGCGUCACCGAACAGGACAAGUCACUGAAACGAAGAGUGAAAAAGCGAUUCAAGUAUUAACGCACUGGAAGAGGAAAAUGAGGAUGCUGAAGAUGGGUCGUGCUUUCCUGACGAAAGCUUCGCAGUUGCAGAGGAGGAACCCUCGGGGGACAAGCGGUGCUUGAGUUCUUGAUUGGUCGGGUGUCUUGCAGAACACGGCUCGACUAUUGACUACGAAUAUUUGUGACUCAGUGGCACAAAGUCAAUAUAUGAGUCAUGUGUUGUCAGUAAUCUGCUCUAGAGGUCUGAAUCCAGACAGACUGUUUCUGCUCACCGAGUUCUUAAUAAGGAUAGAAGUCAAAAACGAGACCUUACACAUGUAGCAUACAUGAGGAGUAUUUAUUUUUUUGCAUACAUUUUAAACAAUUGUUUUUCUUUUCUUUUUUUUGCUUCCAAUUUGGAAUGUUGGAUUCUAUUUGUGGGAGGCUCUCUUUGAGGCACUGCCCUCUGUCAGUUUUGGAGACCCAGACCUCUCCUCUGAAGCGCAUGCUGCUGUCAGCCACUCCUUUCCAUUCUGCAGACGACUGGCCCAGCUGCGCAGUCAGGGCACUUCGCUUGCAGCUGGUGCAGUCAGACUAGGAGCCCAGUCAACCAGGGUAGGUCCCUGGUGCAUGCUGAGAUGUGGAUAAACCCACCUAGGCAGCAGUGCAGCCAACUGUGCUCUGCUAUGCAGGGCUGCUGGCCUGUCAGCACUGGCACAGUCUCCAUUUUAUACCAGACCGUGGUGCCAAAUGCACACACGACACAAGCCCAGUGUCUUUAACAGGAUGAGCUACUCAGCAACCCCUUGAAUGCAUGAGGCUUUCAUGCUAAUGUCCAGUAGGGAGCUGGAUGCUGUUUUUUUUGUGCUCCUUACUAUGUUUGAUUUAUCACCAUUCACUUGUAAUUAAAAGUAGGACUAUGCAACCAAAGUGUUUCUUAUUGCGAGAACAGAAUGUUCACGAAAGGGAGGUAGAUAGGACAUGACGGGCUUUUGUCUGGAAAAGUCAUUCUAAAUUGUGUUAUAUUUCACGUUUUAUGGAAAAGAAUAUGUAUUUUUAAAUUGAAUUACCAGGAAACCUGUUGGUUUGAACCAAAAACGUAGGAUGUCAGCUGCACAAACAAGGCUACUCUGUACUGACGGGCAUUCACUAUGCAACAAAUUCCUUUGGCUCCCAUAUUUUCCUGCAGUAUUUUCCCCCAUAUUUUUCCCAUAUUUUAUAUAUUCAUAAAGGAAUGGUAAAAACCAGCUAUCAAACAAGGACUGCUCAAAACCAAAUUUAUCUAAUAUUAUUCAGUGUUCUGUUCAGUUUUCUAGCCUGUUGUUGUGCAGCCCCUGCCAUUGUCUACAUGUAUGUGUUGCACAGUGUAUAUUGUCCAACACCAUAUGGUAUGCUCCAGACCAGGGGUCAAAUACGUAUUUGUUUUGGAUUCAAAUACUUUUCUGUGCUUUACUGAUCUUGUCUGGUGUAUUGGAACAAUGAAAUACUCAAAAAAGUGCAAACUCCGCCUUCCUCUGGUUAUAUUGGCAGUCUCAAUUACACCAGGAAAGAUCAAUAGAGCACAGAAAAGUAUUUGAAUCCCAAACAAAUAUGUAUUUGACCCAUGUCUGGUAUGCUCUGUAUUUUGGAGCCCCCGUUGCACUGUAUAUGACCACAACCUGAUGUCUUGCCACUUUUAAUGCAGGAAUAUGUGAAUUCUUUCACAUAUGCACGGGCAGCCACAUAAUUUCACUAACGGAGAGUAGUUAUACCUUGAAUAUUUUAAAAUUUGUAGUACCUUUGUAGCUGUGUGUGAUGACAUGUCAGAAGACCCAGGAAGAUGGUAUUUUGACCUGUGAUUUUCUGUCUACCUUUUGCCAAUCGUGGCAUUCUUUUUUUCUUUUUGUUUAUGCUGAUUUGCACAUGACUUUGAUUUGUUUUUCAUGUUUGAGCAGUGAAGCAAAAAGACUAUAAUUAUUUUUCCUUGGGAAGCAUACAAGUCACAUAAUUUCAUUUUUAAUAAGGGCCUUUCAGUAUAUGAAUGCUUGGUACAUUAAAAAAAUUUUGUUUUUGUUUGCAAAACCACCUGUGCCUAACUUUAACAAAAUAUUGCAUGAAUAAAAAUAAAAAUAGACAGUUAAAUCUUAA